AUGAAGGACAGAUUGUGUAACCUGAAUGAUUUGGCAUCUAAAAUUCCUCAAGAGGAGUGUAGUUUUGAGAAUGGAAAUGCCGUAGACAAUGGUGAUUUGGAGCAGCAUGCAGUGGUGUUUGAGGGUGAGGACAUCAUGGACAAUGUCUUUAAAGAGGCCCAGGCAAUGCACAAAAAGAUAGCUCACCUCAGAAUGGAGGUGAAGAGGCUGGGCAAGCAGAACACACGUUUUCUUGUCUCAGUCCGACGCUUUAGCAGCAUCAAGCGUGACUCUAAUGCCAUAGCACGCAAUAUUAAAGCCGAGGGCGAGAAGCUCUAUGCAAGGCUACAGCAGAUGGAAGCUCAGUGCAAAGAACUGGAGGAGAAACAAGGGUCCCACUCUGCGUUGGUCCGCAUGGUGCACUCCCAGUACACCUCUUUAACUCAUACCUUCCAUGAGGCUAUGUCCGAGUACAAUGAGGCAGAAAUGGAACAGAGGGAAAACUGCAAGAUACGCAUUCAGCGACAGGCAGAGAUCAUGGGCAAGGAUGUGACUAGUGAUCAGAUUGAACAAAUGAUUGAGACUGGUAAGUGGAACGUCUUCUCAGAUGACCUGGUCACAGACGAGCGAGCUUACCGCUCAGCACUUCAUGAGAUCGAGGAUCGCCACAAAGAGCUUCUGGAGCUGGAGAGUCGCAUUCGGGACAUUCAUGAUCUUUUUUUUCAACUGGCUCUGCUGGUGGAGCAGCAAGGGACUAUGAUAGACAACAUUGAAGCCAACGUGUCUGCAACACAAGAAUUUGUGGGCAGAGCUACAGUCGAGAUUAAGAAGGCUGUGAAAUAUAAGAAGAAGAAUCCAUGCAGACAGCUCUUCUGUUGCUGCUUUCCAUGUUGCAAUAAGUGA